GAGCUAAUCCGCAACCACACGCUCCGCUUCCUGUCGCGCACGCUUCCGGUGCUGCGCGCCGACGACGCGUUGCCGCGCGUGGCGCACGUCACGCAGCCGCCCGCGCACGCGCACGCGUACCCCGCCGAGCACGACCUACCCGAGCUGCAGCACAAUAGGUUAGAGGAGCGUUCAAAGAGGUCCAUCUCAGCGGAGGAGAUACCCGCCAGUGAGCUGCAGAUGGAACAUAGAGGAUUAGACGAAAAGCCGCGGGAGAGCAGGAAGUUCUGUGACGGAGGCGGAGUAUUCUGCAUGUUGUACCGCGCUAUAAAUGGUGAAAGUGCAGGACCUGAACGUCGAGAGGAUCCAGGUCUAGCCCCCCAUGCUCCUCACGCAGCGCCUCAUAGAUAUGAGGGUCCACCUACUCCGUGUCCCGCACGUGUGGAGUACGCAACACCAGUGUUCGCACGCAAUUACCAAGGUGUUUGGCGUUACGUUGUUCAGAUACCCUAUGAGGGGUACUUUACACAAACCGUAGAGGUUACCAGAUGCAUGCAGUCACGGUGCCACUAUUUAGAAGGUGGUUGUCUUAGCUCACCGCGUUGGCUCUCUCUACUUGUGGCCGAGCUUCAUUAUCCGCCUCGGCCUGCUACACCUGCUACACCCCUCCACCAGGAGUUUCCGGCAUACGGUUCCACGGAGACCAGCUCUGAGAAGCCUCAGCACUGCGACGGACAUGAUGAGCUGGGCUGCUAUCAGGUACGCCUGUACUAUGACUGGUUCCUAGUUCCUGGUUCCUGUAAAUGUUGGCGACCAGACUACUUCGCCCGUUACGUAAGGCGCAACCAACACGAGUUGUAAAUAAAGAUCUCUUUGUAAUAUAGACCUCUUGCAAUAAAUAUUAUUAAAAUUAAAAAAAUAUUUCAAAGUGAAAAUAAUAUAGUUAUAACUAUAGACUCUAUCGAAUUCGAAGCGAAGCUCUUUGUUUUACUAAACUAGGUUAUUACCUUUGUAAAAACAUAUCAGGUUUUUUUUUUUAAAUUCACUAUUUAUUAAUAUCGCUUCUUGAAUUUCUAAUAUAGGUGUAUUGUGACAAAAUGUUUUGGUAACGUUAUGUUGGUGGAUAAAAUAAUAUUUUUAAGGUUUCAUGAGUAUGAUACUCAAACAAAUAUGAUACAUAUUUUAUACUAUAAUUAUGUUUAUAAAAUAAUUGUAUUUAGGAAACCUUUUGGGUGAGAUAAUUUAAAAUAAGAUAAUACUCGUAUUAUGAGAAAUAGGUGCAUACACCUAUUUAUUAGUUGAUAUUUGGUGCUAAGACUUGGCGACGUUUGAGACUGUACUGUAUUUAUUCAAUGUAUUGUUAUUUCUUGUGGUGCUUUUUAGUUUCUUAAAGGCGUAGGUAUUUAUAUUAUCAUAAAUUCUUUAAGAUGGUUGGAUCUAAUAUACUAUGUAUUUUUUAUUAAAAACUAAACGUGAUAUUAAAAUUUCAGGCAAGAUUUAUCUUAGAAGCGCCUUUAGAAAAAUAUUUUUUGUGUGUGCUAGACAUUUGCUAUGAAUUUAAUUAAUAUUAUUUAUUAGCCUGUAGGAACUGAUACCAUUGCUUUAUUUAAUUUAAUAAAUAAAUAAUUUAUAAGUGUUUAUUUUUAUUCGCUAAUGCAAUAACAAAACGCUAUUGACCCUACAGGAUGUAUGAAAUGUUACUACAUGAUACUCUGAGGAAAAUUAUAGGUAUUUUUAGACGAUGAAUACGAUGAUUUAUCAUUUUGUGUACGGUUUUUAAAUAGUAGGUAGGUAUUGGUUGUAUGACUAUUUUAAAAAGUGACAUUUUAGCCCAACAACUUUUUAAUAUAGGUUUAUUAACCUAACUACUGAGCUCAAUGUGCAUUUAUUUAAUUUUUAAGUUAGCUAAAGACGUAUGUAAUUUGAAAAUAUUAUUGUAAUAAAAAAUACAGCACCUUAAAAUUUAA